GUCAGCAGUCUCUGGUCAUUCCCUGCACUGUCUGCAGUCUCUGGACAUUCCCUGUACUGUCUGCAGUCUCUGGACAUUCCCUGCACUGUCCGCAGUCUCUGGUCAUUCAAUGCACUGUGUCCGCAGUCUCUGGUCAUUCCCUGCACUGUCCGCAGUCUCUGUCUCUGGUCAUUCCCUGCACUGUCCGCAGUCUCUGGUCAUUCCCUGUACUGUGUCCGCAGUCUCUGGUCAUCUCCUGCACUGUGUCCGCAGUCUCUGGUCAUCCCCUGUACUGUGUCCGCAGUCUCUGGUCAUCUCCUGCACUGUGUCCGCAGUCUCUGGUCAUUCCCUGUACUGUGUCCGCAGUCUCUGGUCAUCUCCUGUACUAUGUCCGCAGUCUCUGGUCAUCUCCUGCACUGUGUCCGCAGUCUCUGGUCAUCUCCUGCACUGUGUCCGCAGUCUCUGGUCAUCUCCUGCACUGUUUCUGCAGUCUCUGGUCAUCUCCUGUACUGUGUCCGCAGUCUCUGGUCAUCUCCUGUACUGUGUCCGCAGUCUCUGGUCAUCUCCUGUACUGUGUGUCCGCAGUCUCUGGUCAUCUCCUGUACUGUUUCCGCAGUCUCUGGUCAUCUCCUG